UUCUGCUGUUUCCUCUGGAUUCUGUGCCUGUGGAUACUAGCUAGCUAGGGCUUUUCAUUCCUAGAUUAAUCGGCGUCAGCUUGCUCUUGAUUCCGAUAGUGUGCGUCGAAGUUUCAACAACAAAAAUAGUUUAUCAGGCUAACCAUGCCGCCGCGUCCCGGCAAAUUACUGGAAGAAAGGCUGGCUGCGGCUGGCUGCAUUCUCAUUCAGCCUCCCCCCUCCACCGUCGAACUCUUGACCCUUCUGGGUCAAAUCGAGGUACUUUUAUCAAAAGUGGAGCAGUCGCCUGCCAAAACCAUGCGGGAUGCUCUUUCCCGGCUGAUAAAUGCCCUGGCUGCAGAAAAGCUACUAAAGCAUUCUCAUGGAGAUGUAAAAGUAAGUGUUGCUCUUUGUAUAAGUGAGAUAACCAGGAUUACUGCACCGGAGGCUCCAUACGACGAUGAUAAAUUGAAGGAUGUUAUGCAAUUGAUUGUUUCAUCCUUUGAGCAUUUGUCGGAUACAUCAACCCGAUCUCGUAAGAAGAGGAUCACUAUUCUUAAAAUUAUGGCCAAAGUCAGAUCGUGGGUCGUCAUGUUGGAUUUUGGAUUUGAUCAGAUUAUUAUUGAAAUGUUUCAAUAUUUUCUUAAAGGCAUUACGGAUUAUCAUACCGAAGAUAUAUUUUCAUAUAUGGAGACAAUUAUGAGUCGUGUUCUAUUAGAAAGUGAAGAUAUCUCCUCAGAUCUACUCGGACCAAUUUUGGUUACUUUGAAAAAGAAUAAUAAGGCCGUUUUUCCAGCUGCAAAGAAAUUGGCUGUGACAGUUAUUCAGAUUACAGCUGACAAGAUCCGACCUUAUUUGACUCAAGCAAUUAAAUCUUUAGAUGCUUUUGUGUGUGACUUUGAUGAAGUUGUAUCCUCUAUUUGUCGAGAGGAUAUUGGUUUAUACAAGCAUGACAGUCUGCACGGUAUCCAUCAGCUGGAAACUAUGAAAAGUUUAAAUGCAGCAAGGGGUUCAGGGACCCUCGAAGAAACCGGAAGAGUGAACAGCAAGAGAAAGCAAGUUCCAGACACAAGCGAAGUUUUGGAAAGACAACAGUCGAGACCUAAGUUUCUCAAUGGUGCUGGAGAAGCUGAGCAAGCUAUAGUUGAGCUAAGUCAGCCAGAGCCUAUCUCCCAACAUAAUCUGGUCGAUGUAGUACCCUCUAAACCAUCUUCGCAGAGAUAUCAGGCUACUGAGGAGCCACGGAAAUCCAAAAGUAUGUCUGAAGCAACAGAUGUGGCUGCUGAGGAUCCAUCUGGUCAUUUGAUGAUGCGGAAUAGUAGGCAGAUUUGUGAAACCACUGUUGGGCAAUCUACUCCUAUGAAAACCACUCCUGCCACUACUGCUGUGACCACUGCUUGGGAUGUGGAAGAAGAAUUGGCCGCAGCAGAACGAGCCUUGAAAGAACAGGAGGCUGCUCUGUCUGCCAAGAAAGCUGCAUUGGAAAAACUUAAAGAGAAGGCCAGAAUUCGUAAGGAGAGGUUGCAUAAGCUGACUGAACUGCUUAAGCGAUGGUGUGCAGCGAGGAGGAUUCAGAAGCAUGCUCGACAGAUGAUUCAAUUCAGGAUGAAGUGGACAGAAGUCGUGAGUGCCUUAGUGGAUACGCGUAUAACCUACUGGGACUUACGAAGAGGACUCAGGCAUCGCAGUCCUGAUAGGCUAUUUGUUCCUGAAAUCCAAGUGGAGCAUUUUGUUGGUGAUCAAAAUGUUUGCUCUACUGGCCCAAGGCAGAGGCCUGAAGUUCCAGAAUCCAUACUAUCUAAAGCAGUGAAGUUGGAGGAAGAUGCAGUGCAAGACGGCCCUUCUCAGACAUUUGAGGAAUCGGGCCCCCAACCUUCCUGUCCUAUUGAUUUAACUUCAGGUUCUGCGAUCUUACAACGACUUGAUCAGCUGGAGGCUCAAGCUGCUACUCUGCAAAAUGGGCUCGCUGACUUGCGAGGUGAGGUUCAUACUGGAAUAAGUCACCUGGGAGCCGGAAUGGAUGAUUUACGAGCACAGUUGAACAGCAUCAUGGAUGUGGUAUCCCAAAUUAGUGGACAUUUUGCAAAGUAAUUGAAAGGUGUAUUAGUUACAAUACCAACAACGAUAGUAAUAUAUAU